CCUGAGGCCUGAGUGAGAUCAGCCCUGAGCCCUGAGUGAGAUCAGCCCUGAGUGAGAUCAGCCCUGAGCCCCAAGGGAGAUCAGCCCCGAGGGAGAUCAGCCCUGAGGCCUGAGUGAGAACAGCCCUGAGAUCAGCCCUGAGCCCUGAGUGAGAUCAGCCCUGAGCCCUGAGUGAGAUCAGCCCUGAGGCCUGAGUGAGAUCAGCCCUGAGAUCAGCCCUGAGCCCUGAGUGAGAUCAGCCCUGAGCCCCGAGUGAGAUCAGUCCUGAGCCCUGAGCGAGAUCAGCCCUGAGCCCCGAGUGAGAACAGGCCUGUGUGAGAUCAGCCCUGAGCCCUGAGUGAGAUCAGCCCUGAGCCCUGAGUGAGAUCAGCCCUGAGCCCUGAGUGAGAUCAGCCCUGAGGCCUGAGUGAGAUCAGCCCUGAGAUCAGCCCUGAGCCCUGAGUGAGAUCAGCCCUCCAGGCCGAGAUGGAGCAGCAGCAGCCUCGUCUGCCAUGGCUGGCUGAGGGUGCGAUGGCAGGGCCACCCCGCCCUCCCUCUGUUUUGAGGCUUUUUGAACAUAAACCAGCCUUUCCUCUGCGGAGGGUGGGUGGCUCUGGCGUGCAGGGGCAGCCUUGACUCGGAUGGGUGCAGGCUCUGUGACCCUGAGCUGUGUGAAAAGUCUCUGCUGCAGCCUGCACGUUCAAAGGAUGAGUCAAAGCUCUUCGGUUCUCGGUCUCAGAAUUGUUUUUUGUAUCUUAUCUAUAAAAUGUUUCCUCCUGCUCUGCCGAGGUCACUCAGCAAGACAGUUUCAGGCACUCUGCCUGCCCCUGGGGCAGUGCUAUCUUUUUAUACUAAAAACUACGUGUAACACGUUUACAAUUAUUUUCCAAUACCUAUCACCCAUGUUAGACAGUGAACUCCUACUCUAAACCAAUCUGAAAGUGCCAACAUCAGAGCAGAAGAUGGAGGUAGAGAAGAAGAAGAAGAAAGGUUAGACAUGCCCAAAUCCCUCCAUCUUGUCCCCAAAACCCCUAUAGUAAAAAUCCCAAAACCUACAUUUUCACCCAGUGCUAAUUUUAUUAUUACACUGCUUAAACUGCUGUGGCUUUCAGGUCUUCCUACAAAGCUGGCAAUUUGCUCCAUGGGUCACAGUCAAACCCACAGGUGUUCUGGGCUGUGUGCCAGGGUCUCUGAGCCCCCUGACAGGGGUCCCAGCACCCCCCGACUCCCAGAGGGAUGUCCUGAGUUCCGGCAUCCUUUGAGGGUGCUCAGCAUUUGGGAUGUGGCCCUUCAGGUGGGGCUGGGCAGGGGCUGCUCCCUGCCCCUGAGGAGCCUGGUCCUGGCAGGAAUUUGGGCUCUGCAGGAGGCGACACGCUUCCUUAGGCUGGCACAGCUCUCAAACCUGGAAGGAGCUGCUUCUCCUCCCCCGUUUAAGUGAGCUGCUAAAAGCGCUGGGUUGUUCUUCCACGGGGUUUCAAAUUCACUGCUCUUUCAUUAUCCUUGACCUUUUCACAUUUUUUACCAUAAGUGGGGAAAAAAAUUAACUUUGGAGUAAAUUACUGCAAAUCCCUUCUUAAAAAUGUUUAAAAACAGCCUGGGAGGCUGGGACAGGGGAGCAAUGGCUCUUGCUUGCCACUGUUUUCUGAGUAAAGAGCAUUUAAUGUGUGUUUGCCAAAAAUUAUGGAUCCUAAAUCCCCGUGACUCGUUUGGAAAUGACUUUUAGCAGGACAGGUGCACACAUCCUCCCCUGUACUUUGGGUUACGAGUGGCAGAAAGACAAAGGGUGUGAUGGGACAGGGCACCUUCCUGUGUGCUGCUCCUGAAGCCUUGCACUCUGGGUCUUGGUCCCUGUGUUUUUAUCUCUGUCUCUUCAUUCCCAUCUCUUGAUCCCUGUCUCUGGGUCUUCUUCUCUCCUUUCCCAUCUCUUGGUUGUCUUCUCUUGGUGCCCUUCUCUCCACUCCUUUCUCUUGGUCCCUAUUUCUUGGUGCUCUUCUCUUCUUUCCCAUCUCUUGGUCCCUUUCUCUUGGUCUCUUUCUCUCCUUUCCCAUCUCCUGGUCCCCAUUUCUUGGUGCCCAUUUCUUGGUGCUCUUCUCUCCUUUCCCAUCUCUUGAUCCCUUUCUCUUGGCCCCCAUCUCUUGGUCUCUUUUUCUCCUGUCCCAUCUCUUGGUCCCUAUUUCUUGGUCCCUAUUUCUUGGUCCCUAUUUCUUGGUCCCCAUUUCUUGGUGCCCUUCUCUCCACUCCUUUCUCUUGGUCCCUAUUUCUUGGUGCCCUUCUCUCCUUUCCCAUCUCCUGGUCCCCAUCUCUUGGUGCCCUUCUCUCCCAGGAGGGGGAAGGGGAAGGCAGGGAUCAGGAGCAGGAGCAGGAGCAGGAGCAGGAGGAGGAGCAGGAGCAGGAGGAGGCUGCAGCCCAGGCUGGGCUCCCAGCCCAUUCCCUGGACCCUAAAGAAGCCACCAGACCAAGACAAGGGCAGAGGCCCCCCUGGUGCUCACAGGGCUGAGCUCCCCCUUCUUCCCUGGCUCCCAGCUCCACCUGAACAUACACGCUGUCACAGAGAGUGGCUGAUGUCACAGAGAAAGCUGAUGUCACAUGGAGGAGCUAAUGUCACAUGGAGCAGCUGAUGUCACACAGAAUGGCUGAUGUCACAUGGAGGAGCUGAUGUCACACAGAACAGCUGAUGUCACAGGGCAUGCUUGAUGUCACAGGGAGAAGCUGAUGUCACGCGGAACUGAUGUCACACAGGGACAGCUGAUGUCAAAUGGAGCAUCUGAUGUCACACAGAAUGGCUGAUGUCAUAUGGAGCAGCUGAUGUCACACAGAAUGGCUGAUGUCACACAGAACUGCUGAUGUCCCACAUGGAGGAGCUGAUGUCACACAGAACGGCUGAUGCCACAUGGAGCAGCUGAUGUCACACACAACAGCUGAUGUCACAGGGCAUGCUUGAUGUCACAGGGAGAAGCUGAUGUCAUGCGGAACAGCUGAUGUCACACAGGGACAGCUGAUGUCAUAUGGAGCAGCUGAUGUCACAUGGAGGAGCUGAUGUCACACAGAAUGGCUGAUGUCCCACAGGGAGCAGCUGAUGUCACACAGAACAGCUGAUGUCACAUGGAGGAGCUGAUGUCACACAGAAUGGCUGAUGUCCCACAGGGAGCAGCUGAUGUCACACAGAACAGCUGAUGUCACAUGGAGGAGUUGGUCUGUAAUUAUCCCCUGGCCACCCAAAAUAUUGCUAUUAAACAGCUCCCAGCUCAGCUUCCAGCACGGGGAUCACAGCCAGAGCAGGGAACAUCCAAACCCUGGCCCUAGCAUGGGGACAUCAUCCUCCUGCAAAGCCCUCCAAUUCCCAAAAUCCCCCAACAUUCCUGCAAACCCCGAGGCUGGAGCUGGUGACUGAGGGGCAGAGAGAGACUUCCACCAAAAAUGAGCCUUAAGGAAAAUGCUGGGAUCAGCUCAGCUCCUGCCCUUCCCCUUCUCCCCUGGGGCAUCUUCCUGCUUGUUCCCUGCCUGGGAUAAAUUCCUGGGAAUAACAGGGAUAACAUGCUGUCAUGGGGAAUAUCCCGGUGUCCUUACAAACCCAUCCUCGGGGUCCCCUGCUCCCGGGGAAGGGGGGGGCUCUCCAGGGCCCAGCACCACUCCCAGUCAAUUAGAGAUGCAAAUGCACUCAGCAAAGUGUUCCUGCAGAUGUUGUUAAUUAAAGCAGCCCACCCCAAGCCCACAGUGAGCAAUCACCCCCCAAAAACGCCUUCCUGCUCUCAGAUGUUCCCAAUCACUGCUGCAGGAUCCUGCAGGAAUAUUAUUUUUGUAGGAGCAAACCAUUUGCUAAAUAGGCCACCUGUUAAAUAAACACUCCCACUCUCCAAAUAUUGUUAUUUUGUUUUUCAGCCUAUGCACAAUCUGGAUUUAUUUUAGAUGAAAAAAGAUAAUCACUAAAGCACAAAAACGCCCAAAAAACAGUAUUUUGACUAUUUGCAACUCUCCAUCUUGUGAGCACAUCUGCUCCUUUGCAAGCUGGCAGAGCUGCUACACUCAAAGAGAUUCACAGCUCCUUAUUCAGCCGGGAGCUGAUGAAUUUCCAUCUCUUCCCUUCUUUGUCACUUCUUCAAGCCUGAAUUGCUCCCCAGCCUCCCUUUCCCGAGCUGCCUCUUCCCUCAGGGACAAUCCCACAUCCAGGAUCGCUGCAGCCAAGUGCCACGGGACAAGGGACCGGGCUUGCCUCCGGCUCUGCUAUAAAAUCACAUUUUCUGAGCUCCCAAAGCCCACCUCGAGCUGUGCAGGAACAUCCACAGCCCCUGGAGAGCAGCAGGGGGGCUCUGCAGGAUGGGCACUCUCAGGAAAAUGGGGAUGGGAUGGGAUGGGAUGGAAUGGAAUGGAAUGGAAUGGAAUGGAAUAGAAUGGGAUAUUUCCCCGGAAGGGAUCUGCGACAGCUGCAGGAUUUAAACAGCACCACUGCCAUCAGAGCUGACCCAGCCUCUCCCCCUUUGCAAUGAAUGGGAUAAAUCUCAUGGAAUCAUGGAAUUGUUCAGGCUGGAAAAGCCAGGAUACAUCCCAUGAAGUCAUGGAGCUGUUCAUUUGGAAAAGCCAGGAUACAUCCCAUCGACUCAUGGAGCUGUUCAGGUUGGAAGCCCCAGAAUACAUCCCAAGGAAUCGUGGAGCUGUUCAGAUUGGAAAAGCCAGGAUACAUCCCAUGGAGUCAUGGAGCUGUUCAGGCUGGAAGCCCCAGGAUACAUCCCAUGGAGUCGUGGAGCUGUUCAGGUUGGAAAAGCCAGGAUACAUCCCAUGGAGUCAUGGAGCUGUUCAGGCUGGAAAAGCCAGGAUACAUCCCAUGGAGUCGUGGAGCUGUUCAGGUUGGAAAAGCCAGGAUACAUCCCAUGGAGUCAUGGAGCUGUUCAGGUUGGAAAAGCCAGGAUACAGCCCAUGGAGUCAUGGAGCUGUUCAGGCUGGAAAAGCCAGGAUACAUCCCAUGGAGUCAUGGAGCUGUUCAGGCUGGAAAAGCCAGGAUACAUCCCAUGGAGUCAUGGAGCUGUUCAGGUUGGAAAAGCCAGGAUACAUCCCAUGGAGUCAUGGAGCUGUUCAGGCUGGAAAAGCCAGGAUACAUCCCAUGGAGUCAUGGAGCUGUUCAGGUUGGAAAAGCCAGGAUACAUCCCAUGGAGUCAUGGAGCUGUUCAGGCUGGAAAAGCCAGGAUACAUCCCAUGGAGUCAUGGAGCUGUUCAGGCUGGAAAAGCCAGGAUACAUCCCAUGGAGUCAUGGAGCUGUUCAGGCUGGAAAAGCCAGGAUACAUCCCAUGGAGUCAUGGAGCUGUUCAGGUUGGAAAAGCCAGGAUACAGCCCAUGGAAUCAUGGAGCUGUUCAGGUUGGAAGCCCCAAGAUACAUCCCAUGGAUGUAUCCUGUGGAGCUGUUCAUUUGGAAAAGCCCUCUGAGAUCCUCCAAUGCAGCCAUGCCCAGGCCACCAGUGCCCCGUGUCCCCAAGUGCCACGUGCCCAGGCUGUUAAAUGCCCCAGGGAUGGGCACUCAGCCCUGCCCUGGGCAGCUGUGCCAGUGCCUGACCUUUCCCAUGAAAUCUUUGCCAGCAGCCAGGCUGCUCUCUGGCAGCAGCCCCGGCCUGGCCCCACACCUCUCUGGAUUCUGUGGCUGAAAUUACCCCCAGGUAUCAGAAAGUCUCUUUUUUUCCCAGCCCCACACUCGAAUAAGAAGUUGGGAUUCCUCAGCUCUGCUUUCCAAGGUUGUUUCAUUUCCCUUAUCCAUUCCAUUCUGUCUCUGCCCUGCUGAGCUCUGUCCAGCAGGUCGGGUUGUGGCACAGUCCCUGCCCUUGGGCUGGUGUUGGCUUUUUGUACUCAGAACUACCUGUGCUUUAUUUACAAUAAUUUCCCAAUCCCUAUCACCUGUGUCAGACAGUCUGUGUGUGCUCUAAACCAAUCCAGAACUGUCACCAUCCCAACAGGAGAUGGAGAACAAGAAGGAGAAGAAGGACAGGACACACCCAGAUUCCUCCAUCUUGUCUCUUGAACCCCCAUUCUAAAUCCCCAAAAUUCUACUUUUUCACCCUGUGACAAUUCACCAUCAUUCUACUCAAACCCCUGUGGCCUGUAACUCCUCACACAGAGUUGGGAAUUGUUUUCAUGGGCUAAAAUCCAAGGCACAGGUGUCUGUGACCCCGUGCCAAGGUCCCUGAGCCCCCUGCCAGGGUCUGGGGUCCUAACCCGCCAUCCUCACCCUGAGCCCCUGCCAGGGUCUGGAGUCCUCACAUGCCAUCCUCACCCUGAGCCCCUGCCAGGGUCUGGGGUCCUCACAUGCCAUCCUCACCCUGAGCCCCUGCCAGGGUCUGGGGUCCUCACACGCCAUCCUCACCCUGAGCCCCCUGAGCCCCUGCCAGGGUCUGGGGUCCUCACAUGCCAUCCUCACCCUGAGCCCCUGCCAGGGUCUGGGGUCCUCACACGCCAUCCUCACCCUGAGCCCCUGCCAGGGUCUGGAGUCCCCACAUGCCAUCCUCACCCUGAGCCCCUGCCAGGGUCUGGGGUCCCCACAUGCCAUCCUCACCCUGAGCCCAUCAAUGCCCAGCUCAGCCAGCUCCAGGCUGCCCUGCAGCCCCUGAGCACGGAGCCCCAGCAGCUCCCAGACUCCUCCAAGGGCUGCUGUGCUUUCUGACUCCAAUGUAGCUCCUUAAAUAAUUCCACAGAUCCUGGGUUACUCGUUUCACUUCGAGUGUGGCUCCCAAAUUAGUGGUGUGUGUUAAUUGGGCAGCUAAUUCCCCUCCCAGAAGAAAAACACAACCUUAAAGAUGAUCAUAAUGAUUCUUCUUUUCGGUGCUGUGCUGCUAAUGUCUUUAGGAUAUUUUAAUAAAUGAGAGGCCUUAAUUAGAGCAGAGUGAGCCCCACAGUGCCCCUCCACAUAAAAUACACGUGUGUAGGGUGAGAGGAGGAAGAGCUGGGUCCUUUCAGGGCAGACCCUUUCCUCAACCCUCCAUCACAGCCUUUGCCAUAAAGAAAUCCAGGAUUCCUUUCAUUCAAAGCCUAGACUUUAAAUCCCUACACCCAUCUCAGGGCAGUAUUAAAUAUUAAAGCCAGAUAUUAAAAUUUCAAGGAACCUAAAUUAAACCGGAGGUACUCCAAAAUAAGUGCUGCUGAAUAUUUAAUGGCAAAGAUUUCGUAAUUAACUUUGGAAAUCUCUCCCACCCGGACAGAGGGGAGCUGCCCAGUGAAAUGUGACCAUCCCAGGGACCUCCCAGGGGGCUGCAGGUGCCUCCCUGAAAGAUUCAGGUUUCUCAGGCUCUGUGGAAUUCCUGUGGCUCCUUGAGGAAGCCUUGCCAGCCGUCCUCCUUCCCAAAACCAAAACCAUCUAGUGGAAAAACCAGCCUCGCUUGAAAGUUGGAUUUGUAGUUAGACCAAUGAUGCAUCUGAUGGAAUUCUUUUCUAAACCUGAAGAGUUCAUCUUUGGUUUUUAAGGACAGGGGAUCUAUUUCAUAUGAAGCAGUGCUGGCUGUAGAACUGUCACACACAGAGUUGUUUUAGCUUUCCAGAUGUCCCAGUGGCUCGUGAGGAAUGUGUGGCACAAACUGCAGUUCCAGGAUAAAGCUGAUACCUGGAAUUCCAGCAGAGCACCCCAGCAGCCCCAUCCUCCCCUGAGGGCUCCCUGGGGCUGCCCAGGAGUUCUUGUCUGGGGCUCCCUCAACCUGCAGUGAGCUGAGAAAGGCUCCUGGCAUUCCAAGGGAGGAGCACAAACCAUCCCAAACGGAGCUGGGGCUUGGAGCAGCUCUGCCUCCCCCCAGCUCAGCACCGAGCAGCCACCACACAGACACUCCUGAAUGAUGCAGCAGAGAUUGGAGCCAAAAAUAGCCCAGAAAAACAAAAAUACCCUCAGACAAGUAAUGAAAGUGUGGUUUUGAGGUGAUUUAUUAGGAAUUAUGAGGCAGUGCUGGCUUUGUGCUGAGCUGUGAGCAGUGAAAUUGGAAUAAACACAAUAAUCUCACUGUGUUAAUAAAGUUUCACAGUUCCCUGGCUGCCGAGGGAGGGACAGGAUCUGGAGGAGAGGUUUUGUUCAAAUCUCUGUUUCACCAGCAAAAGCAGUGAGUGGGGCAGGGUGGGGAGGAGGCAGCUCCACCUGUGCAAGGCAGCCCUGGGAAAGGCAUUCCUGGGGAAAACUGCAAAUCAGGACAGGGAAAACGGGCACUGUUUGCACAGCUGAGGGAAUCAGGAGCCACUUCCCCUUCCUGUCCAGGCUGAUCCCUGCCAGGCACACCAAGGGCAAUCUGGAGCUCUCCAGGGAGCUGACAGUGGCCAAUGGCAGGGCCCAGCUCAGAGCUUUGAAAUAAAUAAUAAAAUAAAAUAAAAUAAAAUUAAAUUAAAUUAAAUUAAAUUAAAUUAAAUUAAAUUAAAUUAAAUUAAAUUAAAUUAAAUUAAAUUAUAAAAUAAUAAAAGUAACCUCUGUUUCUGCCCACCAUCCAUUCCAAGGUGCUGCUGGGAUUCCACAGAUCACGUGGCCAAUGCCCAAACAAUUCAAUAUUCCAAAGCUGCUCCCUCUUCAUUGUAGAACCCCAGACUGGACUGGGUUUGGAGGGACCUUAAAUCCCACCCAGGGCUUUGGAGGGACCCUAAAUCCCACUGUCCCAGCCUGCUCCCAGCCCAUCCAGCCUGGCCUUGCCUCUGCUUGCAGAGACCUCCACAUCUCUGGGAGCCCCUCCAGGGAAAUGGGGAAGUGGGGAAAUGGGGAAUUAUUGGGGAAUUGAGGAAUUGGGAAAAUGGGGAAGUGGGGAAAUGAGGAAAUGGGGAAUUGGGGAAAUCCCACCCAGGGCAGGGAACUGGGGAAAUGGGGAAUUGGGGAAAUAGGGAAAUGGGGGAAUGGGGAAAUGGGGAAAUGGGGAAAUCCCACCCAGGGCAGGGAACUGGGGAAAUGGGGAAAUAGGGAAAUGGGGGAAUGGGGGAAUGGGGAAAUGGGGAAAUGGGGAAAUCCCACCCAGGGCAGGGAACUGGGGAAAUGAGGAAUUGGGGAAAUGGGGAAAUGGGGGAAUCCCACCCAGCUGGGGCAGCCCAGCUGGCCGGGUGGUGCUCAGAGCCCCAACAGCACAGGAGCUGUGUCUGGAACUGCUUCCCUCGCUCUGGAAUUUGCUGAUUCCACUCUGGAAUCGGCUCCCUCUCUCUGUGCCUGCCCUGAUGGGUUUCCCGUUGCCCUCAGCAGUCUGUGCUCCCCGCUCCCGCCGGGAUCGCCGCUCCCUCCCUCCCUCCCUCCCUCCCUCCACAGCCCGGAGUAAAUCCCUGACCUGACCAAGUGUGAUUUUACUGGCAGCAGCCUGGGGGAGGAGGACAGAGCAGCCCUUGGGAGCUGUGAGCAGCACUGGCGGUGGUGACAGGGGGGGAGCAGGGCUUUCCCUGGGAUGUCCUUUCCCAGGGAUGUGCUUUCCCUGGGAUGUGCUUUCCCGGGGAUGUGCUUUCCCUGGUGUCCCGUGGCACUCCAGCCUCUGCCCAGCAGCUCCCAGCUCUGCCCUCCCGCCUCACCCCAGGGCCCAUCCCAUCGGAUGGCCUUGGAAGAGCUGAACCAGGGCCCAUUCUGCAGAAGGCUGAUGAAGGAAAACCCACGUUUCCCAUUCAUUCCCACCCCUGGAGUGCUGAAAAAUCCCUUUGGCAGGAGCCCAGCGCUCUUCUUCCUGCAGAAUAAAGGGCUGGGGUGAAUCCAGCCCAAAGCCAUCCUCUCAGAAAGCAAACCUGCCAGGUCUGACACGUGUGCUCUGGGAAGCAGCCACCCACAGCCAUCAAAUGCUCUUAUUAAAAUAAACACGAAAUCAGAGAGGUUCAGACCUCGGUGCUUUAAACAAAGCAAACCCCGCUGGGUUUGUGUAACUGAGAGGGAGGGCUGGCCCUGGCUGUUGACUUAUGAAUUUCCAUUUUCAUUCAUGGCAAAUAUUGGCCUUCCCUUCUCAUUCCCUGCAGAAAGUGAGGCAGAACCAUUGAAUGGAAUCUGGGAAAGAAUAAAAUCAACCUGCAAAUGGGGGGGUUUGACUGGGGCCCACAGUGAAGAUAGCCAGGUAAUCCUAAGCAAUGCCAGAAUGUUUCCAUAGUUGAGCCAGAGCCACAGCAGUGAUCCAAGGAAAGCAAGGACACGUGGAAUGCUCAGUCCCAAAUAUAAAAACCUUCAGCUAUGCUCCAGCCUCCGAGGAGUAUCCCACAAACGCACCUUAACUGUAAAGAAAACCAUUUUUAUUGAAUUUCCCAAAGCUCAGCUUAGUUAAAUAAAUUUAUUCUGAUUUUAUUAAUGAUGGGGCUGAAGGAAACUCAGCCACGAGAGCCAACCCUUAACAAGCUGCAGGUCUGUGAGCUGAGGGGGGAGUGAGAGCCACCAACACUCCUGGGUUUAUCCCGGACAAUCCCACAGCACCAGGGAAAGGCAAAGCCAAGUCCCAGCCCUGUGGGAGCACAGGCAGCUUCCUCACAGGUGAACUCUUGCCUGAACUCAUAAUAAAUCCAAGAGUAAUCCUAAAAUCAUGGAAUGCUUUGGGUUGGGAGGGACCUUAAAGCCCUUCCAGUUCCUCUUCCCUGCUCCUCCCACUCUCCCAGGCUGCUCCCAGCCCCAGUCCCAGCCUGGCCUGGGCACUGCCAGGGAUGCAGGGCAGCCACAGCUGCUCUGCACAAUCAGCCUGGAGGUGUUUCUGUAAAAUGUGCAAUUCUCACCACUCCAGAGCCAUAAUUCCAUCACAUUCCAGGCGCUGCCCACCGCCCACCCCUGCCAAAACCCCUCUUCCAGCACAACGUGCAGCCUCUGUUUGGAAGGAUCACAUCCUGGAUUUGUCUCCUGGCUUGUUUACAGCUGACAGCAGCGCAAGCCAAGCGAAUCCAAGGAAAUCAAAUCCCUGGCAGUGCCCUGGUCACCCCUGCACUGCUGCAGAAAUCUAUUCCCACAGCUGGGGCCGCUCCAACUGCAUCAAAUUCCACUUAAACUCCAUCAGCCGGCAGCAGCCGUGCAGAAACACAUCCCCACAGCUCCCGGCAGGGCUGGUGGAGCAGAGCAGGCUCCCUCCAGAGGCCGGGAAUUCCUCACCCACCCCAGCCAGGGCUGGGAGCUCCUUCCGUGUGUGCCCAUCCCUCUGUCAGCCCGACAAUCCAGCACCUGCGGCUCGCUCCAGGGAGGAUCUGAUCCUCACUCCAAGGAAGGUUUGAUCCUCACUCCAGGGAGGAUCUGAUCCUCACUCCAAGGAAGGUUUGAUCCUCACUCCAGGGAGGAUCUGAUCCUCACUCCAAGGAAGGUUUGAUCCUCACUCCAGAGAGGAUCUGAUCCUCACUCCCAGGAAGGUUUGAUCCUCACUCCAGGAAAGGCUGCAUCCUCUUUCCAGGGAGGAUCUGAUCCUCAUUCCGGGGAGGGUUUGAUCCUCAUUCCAGGGAGGAUCUGAUCCUCAUUCCGGAGAGGGUUUGAUCCUCAUUCCAGGAAAGGCUGCAUCCUCUUUUCAGGGAGGAUCUGAUCCUCAUUCUGGGGAGGGUUUGAUCCUCACUCCUGGGAGGAUCUGAUCCUCAUUCCCAGUGAGGAUCUGAUCCUUGCUCCCAUUGAGGAUGUGAUCUUUGCUCGCAGGGAGGGAUUGAUCCUCAUUCCCAGUGAGGAUUUGAUCCUUGCUCCCACUGAGAAUUUGAUCCUCGUUCCCAGUGAGAAUUUGAUCCUCCCUUGUUCCCAGUGAGGAUCUGAUCCUCAUUCCCAGUGAGGAUGUGGCUCCGUGGGAGAAACCUGGGGGUGCAGAGCCCCUGAGCUGCCCUGGGGUCCCUGAGGGACCCCGAGCCCCAGAGAGGACAAAGCCAUUGAACCCAGCAAGUGCACAAACCACGGGAGGUGUUGAGUCCCUUCUCCUUCUGUUUCCACCCAGGAUUGUAUUUUAUUCCCAAAUCAGGUUCAGAUUGUACAUUGUGUUACGAUUAGCAAAGGAUAACUAUAUAUAUAUAUACAAAUAUAUAUUUUACUCUUUUUUAUUCAUUUCUAAAGAAAUCCCCUGGGGGUGCCAGGACACGGUGAGGAUUUUUGUUUUUCACAAGUGGUUUACAGUAACUCAACUCAACGGAUGCCUUAUUCCUGAGGAUGGCAGGAGUUUCGGAAGAGGAACAAGCCCCUGUCCCCAGGUCCUGGCAGGCAGGGGUGCCUGAGGCAGGGAGGGUGUUUCUGUGGAAAGCAGGACGGGAGCAGAGAGAGGAGCUGGGGUCUGAGAGGCGCUUUGGGACCCCAGGCUCGGGCUGGCAUUCCCAGAUGCAGGCACUGCCCGAGCCCCCCGAGCCCUCAGAAGGGGCUGGUGCCUUUUGGGGGCUCUCAGGCCGAGGCAGAUCAGUACAGACCCAAUGCUGCAGCACACACAGUGUCUGUGCCCGUGUCCCACAGAUCUCCCUCCCUGCAAUUCCAUAAAAAUCCUUUCUAAAAUGUGCAGAGAUUUUUCCAAAGCCGCUCAUUGACAUCCCCUGCUGCUGUUCCACGGGCAGGGAGGAAAAUCCCUUUCCCAGAAGUUUUUCCUUUGGUUAAGAGCAGAACUUCUCCUCUCCGGGAUUAAACCACGGUGACAUUCCCUUUCCCCCUCUCUCUGAUCUGUUUCACCCGAGGUUGGCAGAGUCCCGAGCUCAUCCCAGUUUCACUCCAGCCCGUAGGGUGAGUGCAUUCCUUGCUGCAUCCCUUCUCCAAACUCAAUCCCAAAACCAUCCAGCAGUUCCUGCAGGGCUCCCACGGAGCCUCCCUGAUCCAGAGCUGUUCCCACACCACUUCCACCCCUCCUGGGUCUGUCCUGAUGGCCGGGGCACCCAGCACCACAGGGCAGGGCUCCACCGGCCCUGCGUGCCAGGAUUUCCCCUGGUCCCCGUGGCUCCAGAGUUCCCCUGGGAUCAGGGCAGCUUUGUAGUGACCCACUGUGGUGUUGUACCCCCAAACCCCUGCCCUGGCACCAGGAACAUCCCAGGAAGGCUUUCCUGGCAGCUGAACCCCAGGAAAAGCCACCAGAGCCGUGCUCACCCUGCCCCAAAGUCCCUUCUUCUGACCCAAAAAUCCACCAGUCCAAAACUCCAUCAACACCAAAAAUACACCCACCCACCCCAAAAAUCCACCGACCCCAAAAAUCCACUGGCCCCAAAAAUCUGUUGGUCCCAAAAUUCCACCAAUCCCACAAAUCCAUCAACCCCAAAAAUCCGCCAGCCCCAAAAAUCCACUGACUCCAAUAAUCCAACUCCAAAAAAUCUACUGACCCUGAAAAUCCACCAAUCCCAAAAAUCCUCCCACCCCAAAAAUCCCCCGACCCCAAAAACGCACCGACCCCGGCAGUGUGGAGCAGGGGGCCCUGGGGGAGCCCAGGCCAGGAGGAGCAGGGUUGCUGCAGCCACAGCCCUGGGAGCAGUCCUGUGUCCCGGGAGGAUCCCUGUGUCCCGGGAGGAUCCCUGUGUCCCGGGAGGAUCCGUGUGUCCCAGGAGCAGCCCUGUGUCCCGGGAGGAUCCAUGUGUUCCGGGAGCAGCUCUGUGUCCCGGGAGGAUCCGUGUGUCCCGGGAGGAUCCGUGUGUCCCGGGAGGAUCCCUGUGUUCCGGGAGCAGCCCUGUGUCCCGGGAGGAGCCCUGUGUCCCGGGAGCAUCCCUGUGUCCCGGGAGCAUCCGUGUGUCCCGGGAGGAUCCAUGUGUCCCGGGAGGAUCCCUGUGUCCCGGGAGGAGCCCUGUGUCCCGGGAGCAUCCGUGUGUCCCGGGAGGAUCCCUGUGUCCCGGGAGCAGCCCUGUGUCCCGGGAGGAUCCCUGUGUCCCGGGAGGAUCCCUGUGUCCCAGGAGGAUCCCUGUUGUCCCGGGAGCAGCCCUGUGUCCCGGGAGGAUCCGUGUGUCUCGCUUCGUGUGCUCUUGUGUGGGGUAGAGAAGGUGGCCCUGUCGUGUUGUUCGUGAGCUGUUCUUCCCCAGAGAGGUGUCCCAUGUAAAAUACGUCAGUGCAAAGUGUAUAUUUUAUGUGAGAGGAAAAUACAUUUUAAUAAAGGUAAAGCUUUGUUUAGCUGUAAAAAAUGGCAACUGUUCAAGUGUACAGUAACUUCUUACUAAUGUAUGAAAAUCUGUGAUAUUUUUGAUUUGAUUGUAUUUGUAUUGCCCAAAUAAAACAUUUUGGCUGUAUUGUUCCUAA